CCGUAAAAUGGAAGAUGCGUACAAUAUUUUUCACCACAUACCAACUCGCCUGCCCAGGCCCUUUUCCGCCGCCCUCGCGGCCACUCAACACCCCAAACCCACUCCGCGCGCACGGCCGCACACUUGGAUACUCACUCGAGAUAAUUUUCGAUCUCACUUUUCGAGCGAAUGCCAUGUUGACAGCAAGGAGUGCGCCGAAGUAUUUCAGCCGCCAGCCGGCGGACAUCAGUGGGCUGAAUUGAGGCUCUGCCAACAGAAAUACAAUCCAGGAGUAUUUGAUACUCUUCGCAGAGAAUUAAGAAAGACACACACUUGGACUGGACAAUAUGUAGAGUCUCUUCAUGCGGAGAUUCCAAGACAAUCGUGGUGAAAUUCUUGCAGCUGUGCGAUUUCGGCUCGGCGCACACUCUUCGCACUGACAGCAUCCCAGUUUUCUCAAGUUACUCGCGGAAAGGGUGAAUUUCCCAGGGAAAGUGCAAACUGAAGUGCUGAAAGCGUGCAGAACAUCCUCAAGAAGCACCAGACGCUGCAGAACCGCUGAGCAACCAUGGGUGUGGAGCCACUGACUCUUGCAACUGACAUCAAACGGACCAUCGAGCUGCUGGCGAAGCUCGAGAUGAGCGGCGAGAUUCCUACGACGAAGGUGGCGGCGCUGCAGAAAGUCCUCCAGAGUGACUUCUUCAACGCCGUGCGGGAAGUGUACGAGCACGUCUACGAGACGGUGGACGUGCAGGGCUCGCAGGACGUGCGAGCCUCCGCCACCGCCAAGGCCACGGUGGCCGCGUUCGCCGCCAGCGAGGGACACGCGCACCCGCGCGUCGUGGAGCUGCCGAAGACGGACGAGGGCCUGGGAUUCAACGUGAUGGGCGGCAAGGAGCAGAACUCCCCCAUUUACAUCUCCCGCAUCAUCCCCGGAGGCGUGGCCGAUCGCCACGGGGGCCUCAAGCGGGGCGACCAGCUGCUCUCCGUCAACGGAGUGUCCGUGGAGGGCGAGAACCAUGAGAAAGCCGUGGAGCUCCUCAAGCAGGCGAUCGGCUCGGUGAAGCUGGUGGUGCGCUACACGCCAAAGGUGCUGGAGGAGAUGGAGUUGCGAUUUGACAAGCAACGCGCUGCCCGUCGACGUCAGUUCCAGUGAACAAGUCGACAAGACGCCUGAAAAGUGGAGCGGAAAUGUGCCAGAUGAACACGGAAAGUAAUCCACACACACACGACACAGCAGUUUUACUCAUAGAGUGCAAUUCUCCGUGCGCCGCAAAUUGAUUUUCUUCGGCCGCCGCGACUCUCGCCGAAAAAAUUGUAGAUUUAUUGUUUUAGUAGGGAAUAUUUAAGUCAUUGAGACAUUUUAAAGUAUUUUCAAUUCCUUUUUAUUAAACAUAUAAUUUCAUCAUUUUUCUCUUCACUUUAUUUUUUUUUCUCCUCUUAUUUCAGUUCCUACGCAUCUCAUUUGCGCCUCCUAAAAUGUUGUAUAAUUGUAUUU